AUGGAAACUGGAACAACAGGAACAAGUGUCAAGGCUUCGUCUCUCAGAUGGAAAAUUCUUCGUCAAGCUAUUCUUCGCAAACCAAACGCAGAUGAGCAAUCUGAAAUCGGCGUUAAGCGAAUUACGAGGAAGACGAAGCAGGGCUUCAACUUGUUACCAUGCCAUCUCGUUGACGACCCAUCUCACUCGAGCGAUGUUACCGUCUGCUACACCUUGCCCAUUGACUCUGCUCCCAAGCUUUACCUAACUCAAAGAGUGGUUGACCAUGCUGAACUCAGGGACUUUGAGAUUUGUAAUAAGUACAAUAUUGACAACACUGGGCUUGUUUGUCAGUGGCCAUCAGAAGAGGUUCUUGCAUACUUUUGCUUGUCACACGCAGACAUGUUCAGGUCUAAGAGAGUAAUUGAGCUUGGAUCAGGCUAUGGCUUAGCUGGUUUAGUUAUUGCAGCAGUCACUGAAGCAUCAGAAGUUGUAAUUUCAGAUGGAAAUCCUCAAGUAGUUGAUUAUAUUCAGCAUAAUAUUGACGCCAACUCUAAAGCAUUUGGUGGUACAAGAGUGAAGUCUAUGAUGUUGCAUUGGAAUCAGAACGAAAUUUCAAAUAUCUCUAGCACUUUUGAUCUCAUUGUUGCCAGUGACUGCACUUUCUUCAAGGAAUUCCACAAUGGACUUGCUCAAAUUGUCAAGUUCCUGUUGGGAAAAGUUCAGCCCUCGGAAGCUAUAUUUUUAAGUCCUAAAAGGGGCGACUCAUUGGACAAGUUCAGAGCAGUGAACAAGCCUCGUCCGGUGAGCAAAAAAGUGACAUGCCCUGGUUCAAAUUCUUAG